AUGAAUCAGCCAUCGGCUCUCGGACUAAAUGAAUCUCGUCCGAAAACAAAUGUUCGCCUUACCAUUUCUGCAAACAAUUUGAUGGACCUUGAUGUGUUCUCAGUAAGUGAUCCAAUCUGCAUAAUUUAUGAGAAAACAAGUGGAAGAAAAUCAACGACAACAGAUCCGAUAACUCUUCCAACAUGGCGAGAUCGUCAAUGGACUGAAAGAGGAAGAACUGAAAUUGUAUGGAAUAAUCUGAAUCCACAAUUCAAAACUACUUUUCUCUUACCCUAUUUCUUCGAAGAAACUCAAUUGCUUCGUUUCGAAUUAUAUGAUGUUGACAGUAAAGUCGUUGGAACUGACCUAACAGCUCAUGAUUUUUUGGGUCGAUUUGAAUGUGUUCUUGCCCAAAUCGUCAGUUAUUCAACAUUCAGAGCUCAUCUCGGAGAUAAAGAACAAAUUGGAUCUCAAGUAAAACCAAAAGACAAAAACUCAAAAAAUGGAACAAUUACAAUCCGUGCCGAAGAAGAUGAGAAGAACGAAAAGAUCCAAUUUGAUGUUUGUGGAGAAGGAUUAGAUCGGAAAGAUUUCUUUGGGAAAUCGGAUCCAUAUCUCAAUUUCAAAAGAAGAUUCGAUGAUGGAAGUUCUCAUUUAAUCCAUCAAACUGAAGUGAAACCGAGGAAUUUAAAUCCAAGAUGGGCAACCGUUCAAAUAAAUACACAGGCUUUAUGUGGAAAGAAUCUCGAUCGACCAAUUUUAAUAGAAUGUUUCGAUCAUGAGAAAUUCAAAAAACAAGAUGAUAUAAUCGGAACUUCUCAAACUACAUUAAACGAAUUGUUGACAGAAGCUGGAAAAACUGGAUCAACCCUUCAAAUUCCGCUGAUCAAUGAAAAGAAGAAAACGAAGAAAAGCAAGUACAGAAACUCUGGAACUCUGAAAAUAUGGAAUGCAAAAAUCAUAAUUGAACCAACAUUUCUUGAUUUUAUCUCCGGUGGAACUCAAUUGGAUUUCUCAGUUGCUGUUGACUUCACUGCUUCAAAUGGUAAUCCAUCAACUCCUUCAUCUCUUCACUAUAUGGCAUCUGGAGUUCCAAAUCAAUAUGAAAUUGCAUUGAGAGCUGUUUUGAGUAUUUGUCAACACUAUAACUCGUCGAAAACCUUCGAAGCGUACGGUUUCGGAGCCAAACUACCUGGUCAUCACUUAGUUUCUGCAGUAUUUCCAUUGGAUCUUCAAAGUAAAAAUGCAUCAGUUGUUGGAAUAAAUGGAGUGAUGCAUGCUUAUCGACAUGCUCUUCAAAAUGUUACACUCUACGGACCAACGAAUUUUUCUCCGAUUAUUGAACAAGUUGCAAAAAAAGCACAGAAAAUGAUUAAUAGUACUGCGAGAUAUCAGAUUCUUCUCAUCAUAACUGAUGGUAUUAUUUCGGACAUGUAUGCAACAAUCAACACUGUUAUUAGUGCCUCAGGUCUUCCUCUUUCCAUAAUUAUAAUCGGAGUUGGAAAUGAAGAUUUCGAAAGAAUGCACGAAUUGGAUAGCGACGAUGCAUUGCUUCAACAAGAUUCAAGAAUUGCCCAGAGAGAUAUUGUUCAAUUCGUUACAAUGCGCGAUUUCUUGAAUCGAACAAACGGCGGAUACCUGGAUGCGGACACUGUAAUGGAGAAUCUGGCACGAGAAGUUCUUUAUGAAGUACCAGCUCAAUUGACUGGAUAUAUGAAACAGAGAGGAUUCACACCGAGAACUUCUGAUGAUCCAUGGCAAAGAGAUUCUCCGCCAGAUGAAUAUGAUCCGAGAAUGGACAAUAUUCACAAUAUUCGUGCAUCUGCUCCUCCGUUAUAUCCACAAGUUUAA